AUGAGGCUGCUGCUGAAACGUCUGUUAUCUCGUAUAUCCGUCAGUGCCUGUAGAAUCACAGGGACUCUAAUACUGUGUGGUUUUCCCAAUGUUGAUAAAUCAUCGUUUAUCAAUAAUGUUACGAGAGCGGACGUUGAAGUGCAGCCGUAUGCGUUUGCAACAAAAGCUCGUCAUCUUGAUUACAAAGUUCUGCGAUGGCAGGUUAUUGACACGCCUGGUAUACUCGAUCAACCACUUGAGGAGAGAAACACUAUAGAAAUGCAAGCUGUAACCGCUCUCGCUCAUCUCAAAGCCGCUGUACUAUUCAUAAUGGAUAUUUCUGAACAGUGUAAUAAAACCAUAGCAGAACAGGCGAAAGUGGUCGCGGUCGGAUGGGAGAAUGAACUGAAUAUUGUUACUUUUGUUCACGGUUUAAUAUGA